ACUCUCUUUUCUUUUUUUUUUUAUUUCAAAGUACAGUUUAAUAUAAUAAAGUGAGUAUACUAUGCAAACUUUGUUAAAUAUCAAGAACUAAGGUUACUGAAUUAUGUUGCUUGUACGUCAGAAAAUAAAUUGAUUGACUUACAUCACUUAACUAUCACGCUACUUCCAACGAGAAUUCCAUCGUUCUAUUUCCAUACAAUUUAAUUUAAUUUUCAUACGAUGUUUAGUUUUUUCCAUAGGUCUUCUAUAAAAAUGUACAGUUAUAGAAUUAGGGUUGACAUUGUAGCCACCCUUAGCGUUGAUUAAUUUAUAACAUCCAUUAAUUUCUGAAUUAACAAAAAAUUUUUUUCUAAAUAUUUUUAAAAAAUUUUCAAACUCACUUUUUGUUGAAAACUAAACACUUCCUAAAUGUACACCACGACAAGUUUAACUUUUUCAUGGCAAAAGAAAUGUUGGAUGACCACUAUGAAAAUCAAUAGUUAUGUCAUGGAAAAUCUACAAUUCUCAUGGUGUACAUUUUUCUUCUGUUUUUGAGGCAUUCUGCAUACAUGGAAGUUCAAUUUAACAGGCUAUGACAGGUGCAACGCGUUUCGAUGAAACCCACGGUUCGACGAAUCGUUCUACAACAGCACAGGAAAUAAUUAGGGAUUUACAGCCGAUCGCACUACGUACUGCAUCAAGUUCAGACGAAGGAAAAUCUGGCAUAAAAGAUAAAGAAGAAUCUCCAGAAUUAUUACAACGAAGGUCGAGGACCGAAACUGUUAGGCAAGAUGCUAGAAAGCUGAAGAGUGCCACCCUAAACAGAAUGGGGAGAAUGUUUAAACAACGAUCACAGACACCUGUUGCCGAUAAAUCAUCUCUAAACGCGGAAGGAAAGAUGGUAAGCCUUCGAUCCAUAAAAACGCAGAAUACAAUGAAAUCAACGGAGAACUGCGAGGACGAGGCUUCGAAAAAAGAGAAGAGUAACUCUUUGGGCAGAAUGUUCAAGCUGGUGGAUAAAGAUGGUUCACCGAAAAAAUUGUUUCAUCCUCGAGCUGGGUCCCUGAGUCGUAUUUUGCGCCGACAUCCCAAUAAUGACAAUAACGACAACGAGAAGAAAGUUACAGAAGAUAACACUCCGGGGAUUUUCUCGAGGAUGCUGAGUCAGUUAAGAGGACGCCCACACAGCGGAAACGCGUUGGCGGAGCCGAAUAUAAAAUCCCGUAACAAAAUGAGCUCGUUACCUCCGAAGGUGCCAUUGAACUCGAGAACGACUAAUUUGUCUUCGUCAACGUCCGUUUCAUCAACUCAAUCACAAACCACAGCGUCACCCCAGAAACUGUCUGCUUUCGAGUAUUCCAUUUAAGAUUUUAUGAAAGUAAUCAACCAUUUUCGCGAUUGGACUACGCUUAUAGAUCUUCUCUAAUGUGAAUUUCUUUCGAUUUUUCAGCAAGAAGAUUUGCAUAGAUGAGUAAUAAUACGAACACGUAAAAAUUGGUUCCCUCUGUCUCGUGGUAACAAGUAUCUCGUCUUGUUAAAAAUCAACUAAUAAAGAUAUUUUUAACUGCAUUAAUAUUUAUUGUAGAAUUGUUUGUAUAGUAAAUGAGAAAAUUAUUAAAAAGAAAAUGUAUCGCGUGAAUUUGAUUUUGCUUUAUCAGGGCAACUUGUCAGUCAUUUAAUAAACUAAUAAAUAAAUGCUACCUUUCAGUUAAUUACAUAUUAUUUGAUAGAAAUGUUUAGAAUUUUUUAAAUUUUCAAAAAUUUUUUUAAACGACCUACAUUAUUUUCGUUGCAAUUCCGACCACUUGCAACUUUUUCAAAAUCUUAUUUUUUUUAGUAAACUGAAAUCUCGAGUAGUUUGGUUCAAUUUUGAAAAAUUAUUCGUAGCGCGUCAUUAAUAAUCACAGAUGGUCAGAUUAAAGGAAUACUAAAAUAUUUGAUAAAAAAGAAAGAAUAAAAGGAGAUAAACAAGACACUUAUAUCGGAAGAGCCAUGUUUAUUACACGUCUUUCUUUUCGCUUUUUUUGUGCGAGACAACCUGUGUCCCUUUAUGUUAAGUACAUUGUUUCAAAUAUUGACUAACAUAUUUUUUCAUUAGCGUUACGACAAAAGUAUAUUGGACGAUUUUACGAAUCUUAGCAACGAUUGUAUAAAUUGAUUCGUGAAAUCAUCCCAAUCGGUUGUCCAUGAAGCUGAUACAAAAUUGUAUAUUUACAAAAAGGAAAUGUAAAGUUAUUUAGUACAUAUACUAUGUAUGAUUUUUCUAGUGCACACAAAUCUCAGCAUGUAUGUGAUCAAUAGAAACGUUGCAUAUAGCAGAACAUGUUUGAUGGAAGUCUGCGAUAUUUAAUUAAUUAAUUCGUACUAUGAUUUAAACGCCAUUGUGUUGGAAAAAUUAGUGCAUUCGAAUUCAUAAUUUGUACUGUGUUGAAACAGAUAUUCCACUUUCCCUUUAUCUUAUUUUCUAUGCAGCGAUGAUUUAAUUAUUCAUACAGAUCUUUUUCCUUCUAAUGAAAUAUAAAUGAAAAUAAUAUAACUUUGUGUAUUAUAUUAUUUUUUAAAUGAAAAUUUGCAUUUACACGUCCAGAUUCAUUUGCAACCGUAAUCAACAUUUCUUGAUUACAUAUUAAAUUUACUCAUAAUUAAAAAAGGAUACUCGUUUCAUUAUUCUCGUACGAAUCAAUUAAGAAAUAUUUUAUUACUUUUAUUUUAACAAAAUUGUGCCAUGAAAGAAAAUACUGUCGUUUGUAUUUAUUUUUAUUUAUAUAUAUCGCAGACACGACAAUCAAGCACACUUUUGCUAAAGCAAAUAUCUAUGAUUUGGGCGCACUGUUUGAAAAAUAUAAAACCAUUCUUGAUAUGGUAUUAUACUAUCUACAAGACCGCAUUUGUUUCUUACAAUUAAUCGAUUAAUUAAUUUAUCGUACAACCGCCUCCUGUAUGUUCGUAUCGGCUAUCCGUGUGUUUCAGUUAAUCGACUGAAAGUAAUUAGCACGAAUCGAUAUACAUAUAUCAUUCUUGGAAAUCAAUCGUUCCUGUAUAACGGAGAAAUAUUUUUCAAACAACAGUCCAUUAAAUGUCGCGCGUGUUUGCUUACUAGUUUAUCACAGAAUAACGUAUCGUUAUUGUAAUAAUAAGAAAAAGGGAAAAAAACAUUAUCAUUGCAUUCAAUUUUA